AGAAUUCUCAAAGGAAAGAGAGAAAGCACGUGCGAGGGGCCUUUUUCAGAAAUUUCGGGAAAAGCAACAGCUGGAAGAAGACUUGAAGGGUUAUUUGGAUUGGAUCAAUCAAGCCGAAGAUAUCGAGCCAGUCAACGAUGAUGAACAGGAGGAUGAACAGCAGUUUGCCGGUGAGGAGUUAGAUGAGGAAGGCGAAGAAAAGACGGAUGACUCAAGACCGUCAUGGUUUAAUAAACGUCUGAGAAGGUUACAGAAAUUCAACAGGAGGUGUCGACGAGGAUGCAGA